UCUCAAAACAAAGAAAAAAACACCUUUCCUCAAAAAAAGAAAAAGAAAAAAGAGAACCAAGAGUGAUACGGUAAAAAAGAAACAAGAGAAAGAAUAGUAGAGUUAAAGAAGAUGAAACGCUAUUGACACAGAGAAAGAGAGGUAGAUAGCAAUAGCAUAGUUAAAAAGAGCGACCCUUUCUUGUUCCUCUUCUUGAUUUCUAAUUACUUUCAAGAUUUUGAGGUUCUUUAGGGUUUUUGUUGCUAACCUAUAAGACCUCUUUCUAUCUCUCUCCUACCUCACCACCCUCUGCUCCUGAAAUGGAUUUUUCAGAUUCUAAUUGGGCAGAUAUCUUUGAGAUUUACCAUCGUUACUGCGACAUUAGAUCAGGAAAAGCAUACGACACAGAUAGAUAUGAACAAGAAGAUGAUGUACAGCAGGGUAAAACUUCAAGGGAUGCAUUGGCCCAACUUUUAAAAUUUGUGGAGUUGAGAGUGCAUACAAGGCAUCCUGGCAUUUCACUUGGCAGGAUUUCAAUUGUUGAUGAACUUGUGAAACUCAUGUCAAAGCUAGAAUUUAUGGUGGAUUUUUCUGAAUUCUCACGGUUCUAUGAUUUUGUAUUCUUCAUAUGUCGCGAAAAUGGUCAGAAGAAUAUCACUGUCAGCAAGGCAGUCACAGCAUGGAGAUUAGUUUUAGCUGGGAGGUUUCGAUUGCUGAACCAAUGGUGUGAGUUUGUUCAGGAAAAUCAGAGACACAAUAUCUCAGAGGAUACCUGGCAGCAAGUUUUAGCUUUUAGCCGCUGUGUGCAUGAAAAUCUUGAAGGGUAUGAUCCUGAAGGAGCUUGGCCUGUCUUAAUAGAUGACUUUGUAGAGCAUAUGUACAGGGUAUCAGGAUCUAACAAAGACUCCAACUUCUUCUGUAACUGUGGCGAUUCAGAAUCUCAGUCCUGUGUAUUUGAGGACCCUCUGCCUGGAUUGAAAGUCACUCCUGGUUUAAAGAGGAAGUUGCCUAUCCUUCAAGAUGAAGAGAUGGAUUCCUCCGAUUAUCACUUGCCAGACUAUGCUGAUCUGAAUCACAUGCCGAAUUCGAAGAGGAACAGGGUGAUAUUUCCCAGACCUCUGAGCCAGGAGGAUAAUCCACCUGGUAAUUCAUCUUCUGACUGCAUGGAAAUCAUUAAACAAAAUAGUCCACUGGGGUCAACCAAAUCUCUAUGUGCAGUUGAAGGUUGCUUGUCUAAGGGCUUUGCAGGGCUGUUCUCAACUCGUACUUAUUUGCAACUUGAUAGGGAAAGGAGAGUUUCAUAUACAUAAGAGCUUGCAGUACAGAAAAAUGUUUUGCAGGCUGAUAUUUUACUUGUAUGCGUGGCUUGGGGUUAAUAUUUAUGUCCGCCCACAUUCUCUAAGCAUCUGUGUGGGCUGUAAUCUUCUUCAUUAUGGGACAGGAAAGGGGAUCUUUUAUUGAUUGAAUUUUACAGCACUACUCUGUUGAGUUUAUAAAAUCAAUAAAGUGGUAACUAGAUUUAUUUGAUUUCUUUAAA